AUGACUCAAAGGCAGAUCGUCCAAGUCUUUGAGCAGUAUAAUAAGUCAAGAAUGCAGUUUGUGCAAACUGUUGCCGAUCUGGCUGAUCGGCCGCAAAACAUCGAAAUACUCCAAAGGGCAGGUGUGAUGUCUAUGUUGAGGCCCCUGAUGCUGGAUGUGGUUCCUGGAAUCCAGCAGAAAGCAGCCUUGGCGCUGGGCCGCCUGGCCGUCCACAACGCCGACCUGGCUGACAAUUUGGUGAAGGAAGACAUCCUGCCGCAGCUUAUCCACUCUCUAAACAACCAAAAUAGGUUGUAUAAGAAAGCAGCAGCGUUUGUGUUGCGUGCCGUGUCCAAACACUCUCCCGAGCUCGCUCAGGCAGUGGUAACAAACGGAGGUGUGGAUGCUCUCGUUUGCUGUCUCGAGGACUUUGACCCCGGUGUGAAAGAAGCGGCCGCCCUGGCUCUGGGUUUUAUUGCACGACAUAAUGAUGCUUUGUCCCAGUCCAUUGUGGAUGCGGGUGCUGUCCCCAUGCUCGUGUUGUGCCUCCUGGAGCCGGAAAUUGCCCUCAAACGCACCGCAGCCUCUGUGCUCAGCGACAUCUCUAAACACACGCCCGAAUUGGCCCAAAUCGUUGUGGAAGCGGGUGCUAUUGCACAUCUGGCACAGAUGAUUCUUAACCCAGACACCAAACUCAGGCGGCAGGUUUUCUCUGCUCUCGGUCAGAUCAGCAAACAUUCGGUCUGCCUGGCCGAGAUGGUGAUUGAAGCCGAUGUCUUCCCCGCGGCCAUGAUGUGCCUCAGGGAUCAGGACGAGUGCGUGAAAAAUAACGUGACCAUUCUGAUGAGAGAGGUGGUCAAACACACCCCUGAGCUGUCCCAAGUAAUCGUAAACUGCGGCGGCACGUCAGAAGUGAUCUCUUACCUCGGCGAGUGCCGUGGAAGUCUAAGGUUACCGGGGAUUAUGAUGUUGGGAUAUGUGGCAGCGCACAGUGAGAACCUGGCCAUGGCCGUCAUUCUCUCUCAAGGCUUGCUUCAGCUCGCUCUAUGUCUAUCCGAGGAGACGCAACAUCACAUUAAGGCCGUCACGGCCUGGUGCAUAGGCCAGAUAGGGCAUCACACGCCUGUUCACGCCAAGUCCGUUGCCACUGCCAACUUAUUGCCCAAGUUGUUGCAACUCUACAUGGACGCUAACAGCUCAGAAGACCUGCAGAACAAAAGUAAAAAGGCUCUGAAGAUGAUCUUACAAAAGUGCACCUUCCUUCCAGCGCUGGAGUCACUCCUCUACGACGCCCCGAGUAAUAUCAUCAAACACGUCGUCUGUCAGUUCAGCAAGGUGUUGCCUCACGACAGUCAGGCUCGCCGUCAGUUUGUGACCAGCGGAGGGUUAAAGAAAGUGCAAGAAAUCCAAGCGGAACCGGGCUCCGUCCUGCAGGAACACAUUAAUUCCAUCAACAGCUGCUUCCCAGAGGAGAUAGUCAGGUACUACUCUCCUGGCUACUCAGAGGUGUUGUUGGAACGCUUAGAGAACUUUAAGAUCUCCUGA